GGUUGUUGGACACCCAAGGCUCUUGCACGCACAACCCUCUCUGGCUUUCUUAAUUUGAGGUGAAUUUUACUUUUUCCAAUGGCUGGAAAAUACCACUUGUUUUUGGUUCUGUGGUUCGUCGUGGGCUGUUUUGAUCCAGUUGCUGUAACUUCAGCCACUGAAGUAACGGAUGCACCAGGUUCAACGUCAGUAGCUCCAACAACAGUACCAGGUUCAACGUCAGUACCUCCAACAGCAGCCCCAGGUUCAACGUCAGGAGCUCCAACAGCAGCCUCAGGUUCAACGUCAGGAGCUCCAACAGCAGCCCCAGGUUCAACGUCAGUAGCUCCAACAGCAGCCCCAGGUUCAACGUCAGUAGCUCCAACAGCAGCCUCAGGUUCAACGUCAGGAGCUCCAACAGCAGCCCCAGGUUCAACGUCAGUAGCUCCAACAGCAGCCCCAGGUUCAACGUCAGUAGCUCCAACAGCAGCCCCAGGUUCAACGUCAGUAGCUCCAACAGCAGCCUCAGGUUCAACGUCAGGAGCUCCAACAGCAGCCUCAGGUUCAACGUCAGGAGCUCCAAUAACAGCCCCAGGUUCAACACCAGUAACUUCAACAACAGCACCAGAUCCUUGUCAACCGAACCCAUGCGGCCAGGGAAUCACCUGUGCAGUGCGUGCCAAUCAAACCUUUGUCUGCUUGUGCUUGCCGGGUGAUAGCUACGAUUAUGUCAGCCAAGUUUGUGUGAAAGCCAAAGUUUUCCCUGGACAACUUUCCCUGCCGGAAUUAAUCUAUAAUGAAAACUUUGAAAACACUCAAUCACCCGAAUUUAAAGAAGCUGCACAAAAUAUUACUGAUGAGCUGUCAAAACAAUUCGAUGAAGGAAAUAAGGGGUUCACUAAUGCUACAGUGCUCUCACUCCAGAAACUUCCAAAGAGCAGAGUUGGAUCAGUGAGAAGGGACGGGGUCACUGCAUCAAUAGAGAUCUUCUUCAGUGCGACUUCUACCAUCACAACAAAUGAUGUUACAAGUGUGAUGGAAAAUGCUACUAAAUGUGAAACUUGCCUACUGAAAGGUGGAGCUUUCAAAGAGAUCGAUUUGUGCGCUGCGAAACCCUGUGAUGAGAGGACUACCAAUUGCUCUGUGGUGGAUGGAGACUUUGAUUGUAAAUGCAAGGAGACCUACAUCAAGACGAACUUCAGUGAAAUAAUGUGCAUUGCUUGUCCCGAAGGGCAGUAUGCAGUGGAUUCUAGUUCUUGUGAUGACUGCAAAUUUGGUUACUCUGGUUUCAACUGCAAAGAACACUGGAAGCUGGCACUGGUUAUCGUUGGCUCCGUGCUCGGGGGCCUGCUGCUCAUCACACUCAUCCUUCUGCCCAUCCUGGCACUGAGAUCCUCCAAGAAGAGCACUAAGGAGAGCAAACAUGAAGACAUCGGGACACCUUAUGUCAGUCACUUUCCUGCCAAGUCACCGAUGGCUAACGGUAACGGCAGCUACGCUAACAGCCAGAAGCCAUCAUAUCAUGGGUCAGGCUAUGAAGGUGCUGGGGUGCCCAAGAUCCCACGAGCAACAACCAACAGCAACUGGGACCGCAGGACCAACCUGGAGAUGACUCCUAGCAACAGCCGGCAAAACCUGGUCCCUAUGGGCAGUAACUCGCGGCUCUACGACGACGAAGAUGACUCCUACACUCGACCCCAGAGCAACCUCUAUGCACCUGCACCUGCACGUCCACAGAGCAACCCAUACGCCCAGAGUCGACCUCAGAGCAACCCGUACGCUGCGAACCAGGGCCAGAACAAUCCUUACUACCAGCAAAGAUAGAAGGGAUGACGAACCCAAAAGGUUCAUGACAUUUACCGAGAUCGAGACCUUCUUCUGCCCAAUCAUAAGCUGUCAUGAAUCAUUCCUCUCUGUCCUCGACUAAUCUUCUAAGAAAAUUUGGUGUGUGAGAAACAUCAACGAUCUUUUUAAAGGUUUCUCAAUAUUAUUUACAAUGAGCCGAUUAAACUAUUUCUUAUUCAACAUCAUCUAACUGAAAUGGCAUUGGUCCAGAAAUGGAUUACUUUUAAAUUAGGAGCUGUUUAUGAGCAGCUAAUAUAUCCUGCUGCCAAUGAGUUUACAAAUAAUUGCUUUGUAUUUUUGUGGGUUUGUAAUGAGUCUAGUUUAUGUGCAAAUAUUAUUUUUUGAGACAAGUUUUCUUUCGUUCCAAUAAAACCUUUGAGUUCUUCCUUUAAAUCCAACCUUCACAUAUUUCAACAUAAUUUGUGUAAGAUGUUUACGACAUUGAAAUAGAUUUAUGUUCUAUUUUAUAUAUAAAUGUGAGUAUGUUUUGUUAAGUAAUAUAUAACUUUUUCCUUUGUAAAUCAUUAUAUCUUUAUGAUAUUUUAUUUCAUUUAACCAUAAAAUGAUUUUUAAAAGUAUCUUAACCACAACAUUUGUACAUGGAUUUAACACUACUUUGAAAUAAAGGGAUUCCCACUUCU